AUGUCUUUAACAAAUUGCCGUUUUUACGAGGACAAGUACCCUGAGGUGGACAGCUAUGUCAUGGUCAAUGUCAAGCAGAUCGCCGAGAUGGGCGCAUACGUUAAGCUGCUCGAGUAUGACAACAUCGACGGCAUGAUUCUGCUCUCUGAACUGUCCCGAAGACGUAUUCGUUCUAUCCAAAAGCUCAUCCGUAUUGGGCGCAACGAGGUUGUCAUUGUGCUGCGUGUUGACAAGGAGAAGGGUUACAUCGAUUUGUCCAAGCGUCGUGUUUCCCCCGAGGAUGUCGUCAAGUGUGAGGAGCGUUACAACAAGAGCAAGGCCGUGCACUCUAUCCUUCGCCAUGUCGCAGAGGCUACCCAGGUUCCUCUCGAGGAGCUAUACCAAAAGAUCGCCUGGCCCCUGGACAAGAAAUACGGUCACUCCCACGAUGCAUUCAAGAUCGCCAUCUCUAACCCCGAGGUGUGGAACGAGAUUGAGUUCCCCAGCGAGCCUGUGAAGAAGGAGCUGCAGCAAUACAUCAGCAAGAAGCUCACCCCCGCCCCUACCAAGGUCCGUGCCGAUAUUGAGGUUACCUGCUUCAGCUACGAAGGUAUCGGUGCCGUCAAGACCGCCCUGCGCACCGCCGAGGCCGAGAACACCCCCGAGAACCAGAUCAAGGUCAAGCUUGUGGCCCCUCCCCUUUACGUCCUGACUAGCCAGUGCCUGGACAAGACCCUGGGUAUCCAGCAAUUGGAGGCUGCUAUCCAAAGAAUCGAGGUCGCCAUCAAGGCUGCUGGUGGUAACUGCACCGUGAAGAUGGCGCCCAAGGCCGUUACUGAGCACGAUGAUGCCAUUCUGCAAGAGCUCAUGGAGAAGCGCGAGCGGGAGAACCAGGAAGUUAGCGGCGAUGAGAGCGGUUCGGAGAGUGACGACGGUGUUCCCGAGUAA